AUGUACGUUCGCAUUCCAAGACUGCCGAAGGCACCCAGACUCCAAAUCUCCACACUUCCCGGCGCCGCUGGUGCAGCCGCAGACAUUGCAGCAUUUGUGGCAGAUGGGUCCAAGGUCAUGCAAAUUGGAUACGACAGGUUCAGUAGGAAAGGCCAGAGCUUCCUCAUGAGAACACCGAGUCAUACAGUCUUUGUCGCUGCGCCACAUUUCAUUGACGAGAUACGUGCGGCAAACGAUUCGGAGCUCAAUCCCCUGCCUGCGAACAAUGUCAUCAUGCAAUUGCGGCAUACCCUUCAUGCUCACCUCGAGGUUGAUCAAUACCACUUUAGUGUUGUGCAAAAGCAAUUAACCCAGAACUUAGGACCUGGCUUGCCAGAUGUAGUAGAUGAGGCUAAACACGCAUGGGCGGAAGAACUCGGGAAGCCAAAAGGUCCUGUCAUCCUCAAGCUAAACUCUUGCCUUGUAUAUGAUUGUAAAGCUGACUAUGUUCCAGAUUGGACCGAGAUUGCCAUGUGGGAUACGACAUUCCGGAUUGUCACGCGGACCGCCAAUAGGCUUCUCUUUGGAAAAUGUCUUGCAAGCAACCCUGAAUUUCUGAGAUUCUCAAUUGACUACUCUUUCGUAAUGUUCGGCGGAGCGGAUCUUAUACGGUCAUAUCCCAGCUUCUUGAAACCUCUGGUUAUGUACUUCCGCACAUCGCUGUACAAAGAACUGGCUGUGGCACGGAAACACCUGAUCCCAAUCAUCAAAGAUCGGAUCGAGAAACAAGACGCAUAUCUAUCGACGAAUCGGGCAGAUGAUUACGAGAGGGUCAAGGAGAAAGAUGCCAUACAAUGGGUGCUAGACAUCUCUCCGCCGGACCAACUUGAUCCGGAACUACUCAUGUACCGCAUGAUACACAUAACCAUUUCAGCAGUACAUACGAGUAGCGUCACGUUUCUUGAUUGCAUAAACGAGCUAGCGGCGCGUCCUGAGAUACACGACGAGCUCCGCGAGGAGAUUCGCAGUGUCUUUGAGACCGAAGGUGGUAAGUGGCGAAAGCAAGGGUUAACAAAGCUUGUCAAGAUGGACAGUUUCAUGCGUGAGACAGUGCGCUCUAACCCUUUGUUUGCCGGUCAGCUGGACCGGGUUGCAUUGAAGGAUACAACACUCAGCGAUGGGACUUUGCUUCCUAAAGGGACUUACGUCACGGUACCAUCCUUCGCUAUGUAUAUGGAUGACAUGUACUACAAGGACGCCAAGAAUUUUGACCCUUUCCGAUUUUCAAAAAAAAGACAGGAAUCUGGGCAAGAGACACUACAUUCAUUUGUCCAAACAACACCAUCAUUCCUACAUUUUGGUACCGACAACGCAAGUCACAUCGCUGAUGAUCCAUCGACAGCCACGGUAGACAUGCUUGUCCAGGCAGAUUCUUUGCCGCAAAUGAAAUCAAAGUUCUCCUUGUACUGA